UAAUUACUAUACUACCCUUUUCUUCCUCCAUCUCAUUUCUAUUUUUUAAUUUUUUUUUUCUUUCUUUCCUUCUGGAACUUCCGAUCUGUUGUCUCGCUCUCAUAUCUCUCUCUCUCUCUUUCUUAUCAAUCCGUAUAUGCCCGAACCUUCUAGAACUUAUAAAGACAAGAACUCUCCGCAAUCUCUCUCUCUCACAUGUUUGAGAUUCGUCACGGACUCUGUCUGGAUUGUACCAAUCUCCUUGUUGGUUGGUGAAAAUAGAUUUGUCUUUCUUUGCAGAGUGUUUAAUGUGUCUGUGAAUCUAUUUCAUUUGUUCACAAUCUAAUCUUCAAUUUGCGCAUUGGGAGAGGUCUGAACCGAGGAAAAAGUUAGGCUUUUGUGCGGAUCUAAAACUCAUGCCGGGCGAACAAACCGGAGAAACUCCAACGGCUGCCGGAGUUGGCGGCGGAGGAGGUGGUUGUAGCGCCGGGAACAGUGGCGGAAGCAGUGGAUGUGGCCCUGUCGGUGGAGGAGAUUCACAGAGGUCUAUUCCGACGCCGUUUCUAACUAAAACGUACCAGCUCGUUGACGAUCCGGUUUACGACGAUCUGAUCUCGUGGAACGACGACGGAUCAACGUUCAUCGUGUGGAGACCAGCUGAGUUCGCCAGAGAUCUUCUUCCUAAAUACUUCAAACACAACAACUUCUCCAGUUUUGUCCGUCAGCUCAACACUUACGGAUUUCGAAAAGUAGUUCCGGAUCGUUGGGAGUUUUCUAAUGAUUGUUUCCGGAGAGGCGAGAAGAUCCUCCUACGUGAUAUCCAACGCCGGAAAAUCUCUCAGCCUGCCAUGGCCGCCGCUGCUGCUGCAGCUGCAGCGGCAGCUGUUACCGUUGCUGCUGCUGUUCCGGCCGUACCCCACGCUGUCUCUCCGUCCAACUCUGGAGAAGAACAGGUGAUUUCGUCUAACUCAUCACCUGCUGCUGCAGCGGCUGCUUCAGGAGGAGGAGGAGGACAGGUUGGUGUUGUUCUUCAGAGGACGACGAGCUGCACCACCGCGCCGGAGCUGGUUGAGGAGAACGAAAGGCUGAGGAAGGAGAAUGUACAGUUGAGUCAAGAGCUGACGAAGCUCAAAGGGUUGUACUCGAACAUCUACACGCUCAUGUCGAACUUCACGUCUGGUCAAGCUGAUUGUGCACCGGAAGGGAAAGCGUUGGAUCUAAUGCCUGAGAGGAUGGGUGAAGAUAUGGCAACGGCUUCUGGAGUAGAGACAGGGAUUGGUCUGAAGCUAGAUGAGGAUCUGACGCCGAGGCUGUUUGGGGUUUCGAUUGGGGCGAAGCGAGCUAGGAGAGACGAGUUGGUUACUGCAGAGGAAGAGGAUGAUGAGCGACGAGAAGGGAGUAACCAAGAGGGAGGAGAGCAAGGCUCUGAUGUUAAGUCGGAGCCUAUGGAGGAGGAUAACUCUGAUGAGCAUAAUGGGCCAUGGCUUGAACUCGGUAACUGAAAGAAAGUUUCCAUUGAAUAGACAAAGCUAAUGAGCUGACAAGAACAGAAAACUGAAGCAGUGAGAACAAAGACUCUGAAUGUUUCAAGAAAGAUUCAUUUGUUUUAGGUACAAAAAACGCAGAUCCUACUACCAUCCUGAGUUGUUCCUGAUCUCUGAUGUUGCGUCUUGAAUCUUCUUCUUGAAGGAACUGAAACUACUCUGGCUCGUCUGGCUCCAGCGGGUGGAUGUGCUUCUCACGAUUUCAGAUAAGGCAGGGAGAUUCGAUGUUGGAUCUUCAUACUCUGCACAAAACCAGUGUUUCUUUUUAGUUUAAUGUCAAUGUUUGUUAUAGAAUCAUUACGUUCUUUUAGAUCAGAACAACUGUAGUCUACUUGUAUGAUGAUGAUGAUGAAAAUUGUUAUUUAUAAAUGCUAAUAAAAGAUGGUUCAAGUCA